CGUUUACUGGAUCAAACACAACAUUAAACAUGAAGCUGGAUAUUCUUUUCCAGUUGCCUGUGGCUCUGGCGCUGCUGGCUUCUAUGCCAGUAGCUGCUGAACACACAAGCAAUUGGGCAGUGUUGGUAUCGACGUCGAGGUUCUGGUUCAAUUAUAGACAUCUGGCUAAUGUCCUCUCGUUAUAUCGAACCGUCAAGAGACUGGGCAUCCCGGACUCCCAAAUCAUCCUCAUGCUGCCUGAUGAUAUGGCAUGCAACCCACGGAAUGCUUUCCCUGGGACCGUCUACAGUAAUGCGGAUCGAGCCGUCGACUUAUACGGCGACAAUAUCGAGGUGGAUUACCGGGGAUACGAAGUGACGGUUGAGAAUUUCAUACGAUUAUUGACGGAUCGAGUUGGAGAGGAGAUGCCAAGGAGCAAGAGGCUUUUGACGGACGAUCGAAGCAACAUCUUGGUGUACAUGACUGGACAUGGUGGGAAUGAGUUUCUGAAGUUCCAGGAUGCCGAGGAGAUCAGCGCGUUCGAUUUAGCAGAUGCAUUUGAACAGAUGUGGGAGAAAAAGAGAUAUCACGAGAUUCUCUUCAUGAUCGAUACAUGCCAGGCGAAUACUAUGUAUAGCAAAUUCUAUUCCCCGAAUAUUAUCGCCACCGGAUCCUCCGAGAUCGACCAAUCUUCAUACUCCCAUCAUGCCGAUAACGAUGUUGGGGUGGCUGUCAUUGACCGGUACACGUAUUAUAACCUCGACUUCCUUGAGACCCAUGUCCGGGAGCCCAGCAGCAAGAAGACGCUGGGCGAUCUGUUCGACAGCUAUGAUGAGGCAAAGAUACACUCACAUCCUGGUAUCAGAUGGGACUUGUUUCCCGGUGGAGAACAGGGCGGGAGGGAUAGGCUAUUAAUGGACUUCUUCGGCAAUGUGCAGAAUGUCGAGGUCAACAGUGUUGUGAAUGACACUGAGUGGAAAGAGGAUUUGCUGGCCCUAGGCAAGAAGAUUGCGGAGUUACGGGAACGGGCUGAAGCGGAUGAAGCUGCGGAAAGAAAUGUCAGUACGGCUGAGCCGCUGCUAAAGAAUCAUUCCUCGCAGAGAAUUCGGGCGGCGAAGGUGGAAAUUGACGGCAAAUGGUGGGAAAAGAAGGCUAUCGGCGCAUGGACAUUGGCAGGCUGUUCAUUGGUUUGGUUGGCAGCGACGUAUAUGGAGUCUUGAUACAUUAGGUACCUUAAUACCCCUAGAGCAUAAUUAAUUCUGUUUAAAAGAAACCAAGC